AUGCCCCUGGGAAAAGAACUUGUUCCUCUGCUGCAGAAAGGAGGACACCUGGACAUUCUGAAGUAUGCGCAUGAGAAUGGAUGCCCCUGGGACAAAAGCACUUGCUCCUCUGCUGCACGAGGAGGACAUUUGGAAAUUCUGAAGUUUGCUCGGGAUAAUGGAUGCCCAUGGGACGGCCAGACUCUUGCCCAUGCCAAGUGGGAAGGACACUCAGUAAUCUUGGAAUGGGCCAAGGAAAAUGGUUGCCCAGAUCGGUGGGACACAGACAGUGAGUACAUUGAGGACAGUGAGGACAGUAAGGAUGAUGACUGA